AUGGAUAUGUUGAAAUUGGCUUUGAAUUCUUUAGCAACAAGGAAAAUGAUUCAACAAACAAAAAGUAUUGGGCAGAAAUCUUCAAUUGCAUCUUGGGCAAGACCUGAUAGUACAGAUAUGUAUUUCUUUAGUCAUAUUAUCAAUCAUCCAAAUAUCUUUCAAAUAUUGUUGGAAAAUGCAUUAAAAGGUGGGAAUUAUUCGUUGGCAUUGAAAAUCAAAAACACAACCAUCUUUGAUCAAUUAUCAUCUCUUGUUCUUUUAGGUCAAUUUGUUAGAGCAAUCUCUACAUUUUUUAUCAACCGUGUUAGCGAAGCAAUCAAUUUUGUCAUUGAAUGGGAAGGAUGUAAUAUUAUUCAAUCAACUUGGAAAGAUCUUAUCAAAGAAGUUUUAUCAAAAGAAAGAUUUGAUAUUUUAUUAAAAUUGGUUGAUAGUGAUUCGCAGAACUGGUUCCUACUAGAAUGUAUGGAAUCUCUACCCAAAGAAUGUUUAGACACUUACCAUUUAAAAGCUAAUCGGUGGAAGAGAUUUAUCAAAAAGGCAGUUAGAGCUGGAUCGCUUGCUCAGGUUGGCUUGGUCAUCGAGAAAUAUUAUGAAUUGGGAUUUGACUAUGACCGUGAUGAAAAGAAAAAGAGUAAAGUAAAAAACUUCUUAUCCCUUUAUACCAAUAGAGAUGAUUAUCAUAAACUACAUGUACCCAAAAGAAACCUAAACAACCAAAAGAAAAAUUAA